AUGAAGAGGCCGCGUAAUGUCGACUGCAGUAAAAUUCGGCGUCCAUUGAAGAAAAGCAAAAUAACGGAUGGUAUCUACGGAAGCACAUUUCUGUAUCUGAGAUUUCUGUUGGUUUGGGUGCUUGUGCUGAUGGCUGACUUCAUACUGGAGUUUAGAUUUGAGUAUCUUUGGCCGUUUUGGCUAAUGAUUAGGAGUGUCUAUGAUUCAUUUAAGUACCAAGGACUGGCAUUUUCUGUCUUCUUUCUCUGCAUUGCCAUUACAUCAGACGUGAUAUGCUACCUUUUUAUACCAGUACAGUGGCUCUUCUUUGCUGCGAGCACAUAUGUUUGGGUGCAGUAUGUUUGGCACACAGAGAGAGGCAUCUGUCUUCCAACCGUUUCACUAUGGCUGUUAUUUGUAUAUAUAGAAGCGUCAAUACGGUUGAGAGAGUUGAAAAGUCUGCCAUUCAAUUUAGACCUGUGUAGACCUUUUGCAUGUCACUGCAUUGGGUAUCCAAUGGUUACAUUGGGAUUUGGUUUCAAAAGCUAUGUGUCCUACAGAAUGAGAUUACGGCGACAAAAAGUUAUACAUAAAGAAAAUGAUUUUUACCUGCAAAUUUUACAACAAGCUUUACCUGUUGAAAUACAAUAUUCUGACAGUAAGCCCAAAGCAUUACCACUGAAGUCUGAAGAGGAAAUGAUCACAAAUGGGGUGACAACUGCAGCAAACAAAAAAGUUUCACCUUCUUCGAAAGCAGAAGACGAAAAAGACACUCCUUUGAAUUCUGGGAAAAUAAAAUCAUCUAAAAGUGUGGACGUUAAUGAGGAUGAUGAGAUAGAUUAUAUAGAGAAACAUUUGCCACGCAAGUCCUCCAAUGUGAACCAGUUUGACGAAAGUUUAGACAGUGUUGCCAAUGAACAGCAAACUAGCAAAGGGUUUAAGUUGGGCAACAACGUGGUGGCUGCAAUAGCUCAGGCUGCUGCAUCAACUGUGAACGUCCCGCCUGUCAAGUCCAACAACAAACAGCUGAACAGCACUAAGGAGAACUACAGUUCUAACUCAGCAUUAACAAAUUUGUCAUCAUCUUCCUCGUCAUUGUCGUCAUCGUCAUCGAAAAAAGGGAAAAAUAUAUAUAAAGAAUUGCAGCCUUCACCAUCACCAGUGACCUACACAAAUAACAAAGAUGAGGUGAUACAAAGAUUAGAGUCAGAUGUGAAGAAAUUAAAAGCAGACCUGCAGGCAUGUCGUAAUUGUGAACAUGAACUGAGGUCUCAGAUCAACAGUUCGGCUUCAGAAGAGAAGGCAAUGCAUUCAGAAAUGUACCAGCUUCAACAGGAUAAUGAAAACUUACAAAACAAGUUACACAACUUAGUCACGUCUCGGCAGCAGGAUAAACAGACAAUUGCCAGCAUGGAGAAAAAACUGACAGAUGAACGCAAGCUGAGGGCUGGUCUGGAAAUGCAGCUUGCGAGUGAGAAAAAUAAGAGCAUAGAAGCAGCAGCUCGAGCAGUGGCCAUGGCAACAGCUGCCAGAGGAGAGUGUACGGACACCUGCAAGGCCAGACGAAGGGAGUUGGACAACGAGGUGAAACAGAUCCGUCAUGAGAACAAAAUGUGGGAGGACCAGUACAGGCAGUUAGAGCGGGAAUUGCAGUCUCUGCGACAGUACAGGGAUUCCCAGAAAGAAACUGAAGUGUUGAUGAAAGCCCUGUCCACCAUGCAAGACAAGAAUUUGGAGCUAGAAAACAACUUGUGCGCAGAGACUCGUUUUAAACAAGACCUUUUUUCAGCUCUUGGCAAGGAAAGAAAUGAGAUUAAGAUUUUACAGAAUAUCGUUGCUGAAAAAGACAACGCGAUCCUGGAGUUGAAGUCCAAAAUAGCCGAAGUCAUGGCACUGAUCCCUAGUCCCGCGGUGACCACUUAUUCUCAUCAUUCACAUGAGCGCAACUCGUCACCACUCUUCUCCUCCUCCAACUUCAGCCCGUCUCAGGACAGAACCACCAGCCUGUUUAAUGGCUGUGACCUAGCUUCAUCGUCAGAGUUGAACCCAAAUGCAUCAGACUACACGCCAAAGUCUGCAAUGUAA